AUGCCCGCCUCUCGUGAAGAUUCUGUCUACCUCGCCAAGUUAGCUGAACAAGCUGAGCGUUAUGAAGAAAUGGUGGAGAACAUGAAGGCAGUUGCCUCCUCCGGUCAAGAAUUGUCCGUGGAGGAACGUAACUUGUUGUCUGUUGCUUACAAGAAUGUCAUUGGCGCACGUCGUGCCUCUUGGAGAAUUGUUUCCUCCAUUGAACAGAAGGAAGAAGUCAAGGGCAAUGAGCAACAAGUUGCUUUGAUUAGAGAAUACCGUGCUAAAAUCGAAGCCGAGUUGACAAAAAUUUGUGAAGACAUCUUGUCUGUCUUGAGUGACCACUUGAUUUCUUCUGCUCAAACUGGCGAGUCCAAGGUAUUCUACUACAAGAUGAAGGGUGACUACCACCGUUAUUUGGCCGAGUUUGCAGUUGCAGACAGAAGAAAGGAAGCUGCUGACUUGUCUUUAGAGGCUUACAAAGCUGCUUCCGACGUUGCUGUGACCGAGUUGCCACCUACCCACCCAAUCAGAUUGGGCUUAGCAUUGAACUUUUCUGUCUUCUACUACGAAAUCUUGAAUUCGCCAGAUAGAGCCUGCCACUUGGCAAAGCAAGCUUUCGACGAUGCUGUUGCUGACUUGGAAACCCUUUCGGAAGACUCCUACAAAGACUCCACCUUGAUUAUGCAAUUGUUGAGAGAUAACUUGACCUUGUGGACCGACUUGUCUGAAACCCCUGCGCAACAGGACGAGCAAGAUGCACAACCAACAGAGGCGAAGCCAGAAGAAGAGUAA